AUGAUACAAACACCGACCGCUAUUCCCGAGAAAAUGUGGUACAAACUUGGACCUAAAGGUCUCAGCGACGACGCAACUAGAUGGAUUGAUUCUUGCUUGACGAAGAACCCUACCUACCGUCACGAGUUUCUCACAGAUGCCUCUGGAGACUACUAUGUACAAGAAUACUACGCAAACAGACCCGACAUUGUCGACACUUACCUUCAGCUUCCCAUCCCGAUCCUGAAAGCCGACCUCCUUCGAUACUUGAUUCUGUAUGCUGAAGGAGGAAUAUGGAGCGACCUCGACGUCUCCUGCGAGGACGAGCCGAUACACAAUUGGAUUCCAGAGCAAUACAAAGCAGAAGCGGGGCUUGUUGUAGGAUUAGAGUUCGACUGGGCCUGGGAAGAUGACGAUUUUCUACAUUCUCAAUUCGCAUCCUGGACCAUCAUGGCGAAACCUGGUUCACCACACAUGAUGAUGGUAAUCAACGACAUUCUGGAAGGGAUGAAGACAAAGGCCGAAGAGAACAACGUUCCGAUUUCUGGGUUGACUACGAAAAUGGUGGGUGAGGUGGUCGAUGCUACUGGACCGAAGAGGAUGACGAGGUCUAUCAUGAAGAGUAUGGAGUUAGUACUUAGGGAGACGUUGGAUGAUAGGAAUAUUUCGGGUCUGCAUGAACCGAAGUUGAUUGGAGAUGUGUUGAUAUUGCCGGGGAAUGCGUUUGCGGCGAGUCAGAGUGGGUAUCCUGAUGAUCAAGGGCCCAAGCUCGUUACCCACCAUUAUGCUGGUACUUGGAAGAAUGACCAUGGAGGAGAGAUGGGGUGA